AUGACUAAUAAAAAUAUUGCUUAUUCAUGUGACACAUUUGUUGUUUUACCACCGUUGACAGAUUCAAACUUUCAUAUAUUUGGUAAAAAUUCAGAUCGACCAACAAGAGAAGUUCAAGAAGUUAUAUUUGUUUCAAAAGAACAUACAAGAGAAAAUAAGGAUCAUGUUCAGUGUACUCAUAUUCAAGUUCCUCAAGUUUCAACAACUUAUCGAUGUAUUUUAUCAAAACCAGCAUGGUGUUGGGGUGCUGAAAUGGGUGCGAAUGAACACGGAGUAUGUGUUGGCAAUGAAGCUGUAAUCUCAAAAAUACCUUUUGAUACGCGAGAUAAAGCAUUGACUGGUCUUGAUAUUGUUCGCUUAUCAUUAGAACGUGCUAAAACAGCUAAGUCUGCUGUUGAAGUAAUUGGUCAAUUAAUUGAAAAAUAUGGGCAGGGUGGCGUAUGUUAUGAUCCAACAUCAGAUAUUUCAUCUGGUUAUGAUAAUAGUUUUCUUGUUAUGGAUGAUAAAGAAGCAUGGGUCGUUGAAACAUGUGAUCGUGUUUGGGUAGCUAAACAUAUUAAAGAAGGAUAUUAUAACAUUUCAAAUGUAUAUGGUAUUGAAGA